AGGGGCGGGUUCGAGCAGCAUCCUCGCCGUCAGUGGUACUGGGUGAUGUUAGGGCGGCCUCGGAGUUGGAGAAUCCGUUCUGGACCUCGUCUCUUCAGGGAUUACUCUGAACGAGUUUGCUAUAAACAGCCCAGCUUACAUAAGAGCGGAUAAGUCACUUUGUUCAGCCCCAGGAAGCCUGGCUUUGUUUGCAGAACUGGAGACCUAGUCUCUUGUCAGUGCGGGUUUUGCGCAGGAGAACUCAGAGAAGGUGCAUUUAGGUGCUCAUCAUGUCAGUGGUUGGCAUCGAUGUGGGUUUCCAGAACUGUUACAUCGCUGUGGCCAGGAGCGGCGGCAUUGAAACGGUGGCCAAUGAAUACAGUGACAGAUGCACACCGGCUUGUGUGUCUUUGGCCUCCAAAAACCGGAUGAUUGGAAAUGCAGCCAAGAGUCAGAUUAUAACAAACUUCAGAAAUACUGUACAUGGCUUCAAAAAGUUUCAUGGCCGAGCAUUUGAUGACCCGUUCGUCCAAUCAGAGAAAAGCAAACUGCCUUACAACCUACACAAGCUGGCCAAUGGAAGCACCGGAAUUAAGGUGCGGUAUUUGGAUCAGGAGAAGGUUUUCACCGUGGAGCAGAUCAGCGGAAUGCUGCUCAACAAACUGAAGGAGACGUCAGAGAGCGCGCUGAAGAAGCCGGUGGUGGACUGCGUGGUCUCUGUCCCGAGCUUUUUCACAGACGCUGAGAGACGGUCAGUCCUCGAUGCGACUCAGAUUGCAGGGCUGAACUGUCUGCGGCUGAUCAACGACACCACAGCAGUGGCGUUGGCUUAUGGCAUCUAUAAACAAGACCUCCCAGCUCCUGAAGAGAAGCCCAGAAAUGUGGUGUUUGUGGACAUGGGACAUUCAUCAUUCCAAGUGUCCAUCACUGCUUUCAACAAGGGGAAACUCAAGGUCCUUGCCGCAGCGUUCGACCCGUACCUCGGAGGGCGUAACUUUGAUGAAGCCUUGGUGGAUUAUUUCUGCGAGCAGUUUAAGACAAAGUACAAGCUGAAUGUGAGGGACAACCCGAGGGCUUUGCUGCGGCUGCACCAAGAGUGCGAAAAGAUGAAAAAGCUUAUGAGUGCCAACUCUUCUGACCUGCCUCUCAACAUAGAGUGUUUCAUGAAUGACAUCGAUGUUUCCAGCAGGAUGAACAGGACCCAGUUUGAGGAAAUGUGCGCUCAGUAUCUGAUGAGAGUGGAGAUGCCGCUGAAGACAGCCUUUGAACAAUCAAAGUUGAGUCGGGACGACAUCUAUGCAGUGGAGAUUGUCGGAGGAGCCACGAGAAUCCCGUCAAUCAAAGAGAGAAUCACCCGAUUUUUCUGCAAAGACGUCAGCACCACCCUCAACGCUGACGAAGCUGUAGCCAGAGGCUGUGCACUUCAGUGCGCAAUUUUGUCUCCAGCAUUUAAGGUUCGGGAAUUCUGCAUCACAGAUGUGGUUCCUUUUCCGAUCACUCUCCGGUGGAAAUCCCCCACAGAGGAUGGACUAGGAGAGUGCGAGGUUUUCAGUAAGAACCAUGCUGCUCCUUUCUCCAAAGUGAUCACGUUCCACAAGAAGGAACCUUUUGAUCUGGAAGCGUUCUACAGUAGUUCUCAGGAGCUUCCCUACCCAGACCACAGGAUAGGCUGCUUUUCUGUGCGGAACGUGGUUCCUCAGCCGGACGGAGACAGUUCUAAGGUGAAGGUCAAAGUGCGCAUCAACAUUCACGGCAUUCUCAGCGUGUCCAGCGCGUCGCUGAUAGAGAAGCUGAAAGGUGAAGCAGAGGACAUGCAGAUUGAAUCGGAGCCACCGGUACAGAAUGAAGGCAGAGCAGAGGAGCAGAGCAAAAUGCAGGUGGAGCAAGAGGGUCAGAGCCAGGGUGACCAGCCGAAUGAGGACAGCAACUCCAACAGUAAGGAAGGGGCAGCUGGAGAAAAGCAGGAUGCAACAGCUGAGGGCAGCAAGCCAAAAGUCAAGGUGAAGAGUAUUGAUCUUCCCAUUGUGGCCAACAGCAUUCGGCAGCUGGACGAAGAUGUUCUUACUAACUUUGUGGAGUAUGAGCGUCAGAUGAUUUGCCAGGACAAACUGGUGAAAGAGCUGAACGAUGCUAAAAAUGCAGUAGAAGAGUACGUGUACGAUCUGCGGGAAAAGCUCUGUGGGAUGUUUCAAAAGUACAUCACCGAGGAGGACAGUAACCGGCUGACGCUGAUGCUGGAAGACACCGAGAACUGGCUGUAUGAGGAAGGAGAGGACCAACCAAAACACAUCUAUGAGGAGAAGCUGGGUGCUCUCAAGAGGUUUGGUGAGCCCAUACAAGAGCGGCACAGAGAGAGUGAAGAAAGGCCGAGAGCUUUUGAAGAACUUGGGAAGAAACUGCAGCUCUACAUGAAGUUUGUAGAUUGCUACAAGCAGAAGGACGAACGUUUCUCACAUUUAAGUCCAGAGGACGUGAGCGCUGUGGAGAAGUGUGUGAAUGAAAGCAUGGAUUGGAUGAACAACAAAAUAAAUGCACAAAGCAAAGCAGCAAUAACUCAAGACCCAGUGGUUAAAGUAGCAGAAAUCAUUGCAAAACUCCAGGAACUGGACGACAUUUGUGGUUCGGUUACCAACAGGCCAAAGCCGGUUGUGGAGGAGGCUGCUGAUGUUAGCGAUCAAAACAGCGGGGCCCACAACGGCCCCACAGCCAGGCAGGAAGCAGACGACAAGGGAAACCAGCACCCAAAGCCUGGAGCUAAACAGAUGGAAGUGGACUGAGGACCGAACUCUGACAAUCAUCACCUCGUUUUCCAUCAUGCUCCUCCUACGAAGUAGAAAAAUAAAAGUUGGGCUCAUGUCUCAGUCGUCACCAGCCUCCUCAGUGGAUUGUUUUCGUGUCCUCACCCAGUGGACCUUAAGCCUUCAAACCGUUCAUUCCCAUGUGUGACAGUGCUGUGCUUGUCUCUCUCUCCUCUUCCACAUGCAAACAAAAGAGUUCUGUAACUGGUUAAAUUCAGAUUGUAUCAGAAAGAUCCAUCCAGUAUCACCAGUAAUCCCAAAGACCAGUGAGAAUAAUAAGUACUGUCCAAACAACUGUUAAUGCAGAACAAUUAGUUCACAUGCGAAAAUACAAAUCCUGAAUACUCAUCUGUUUCUAAUGGGUUAAGGUGAUGCUUCUGUCUAGGAACUGUAAAUAUGAUUUUAGUAAAUAAAAUCAGACUGAAUAAA